AGAGGCUCGUUGGGCAGUGAAGAGAGGCAAGAGAACAUAUCAUUAUAGAGGUCGUAAAAUGUAUGCUGAGCAGGUCUUUCAAUUAGCACUUCCACACCCAAAACCAGGCGCUGUCCAAGCUGGUCAAUACUCUUGUCCAAUUGAUAUCACAAUCGAUCCCAAGGCGAGCCCUUCGUCCUUCACAGGAAUGUAUGCAUGGAUGACUUAUCGAAUUCGAGCAACGCUUGUUCGCAAAUUCCCUUCCUCGAACGUUGUUCGAGAUCAGACCAUUUGGGUUUUAAACACUAUUCUUCCUCGGCCUCAACUUCACUUUCAAAUACUCCAGUAACAAUGACACGGUUUAAUGGAACACUCAAGGACGUUGUCCCCUAUGUCUGCGUGGUCCCUUCAAAUGUCCUGUAUCUACAACAACUAGUCCCUGUCACGAUCAAAAUUAUGCCUACAGAGCACCCAGUCAGUGUCGUGAGUGCAGUCAUUAAAUUGAAACAAUAUACUCGAUUACAGGUCAGUGGCGGGACAAAAUCAGAUUCAAAGGAGUUGAUGUCAUUCCCAGUGACGGACGAGUGGCCUGUCCCAGAGGCAAGGAAGGGUUGGCAGAGAACCAUUGUGGUCUCUUUGCCAGGAGUACCUCAAGUGACGCCCACAUUUGGAUCAGAUAUGAUCACCAAAACUCAUAUGCUCAAACUUAUCAUGCAAGUCAGGAUGGGCGCUCGUGGGGAGAAGCAUGAAUUGAGAGUCGAGAUGCCAGUAAUUAUUACAGGACCCCGUCCACCAGGCGAGCCAUAUCCCAGCUUCGAUUUGAACCGAUAUUUGGCUUGCGUUGAUCAAACCUAAAGAUGGUUCCUUGCCUGUCCGACUACUCAUUAUUUAGGACACUCAUAAUACAUAAGCUCG